AUGUCGCACACCAACGCCUCGCUGGGAUCCGCCAUCUCGUCGCUCGUCACCUCGCUCACCGCAUCGCCCCUGCCCGCCAUCGAGCCCACGCCGACGCUGCCCACCUCCCCCGCCGAGCUGGCCAAGCUCAUCGACCACACCCUCCUCGCGCCCGCAUCCACCCUCGACCAGAUCCGCGCCGUCUGCGCAGAGGCAAAGCAACACGGCACCGCCACCGUCUGCGUAAACUCGAGCCUCAUCCCCACCGUCGCCGCCCAGCUCGACGGCAGCGGCGUCAAGCCCAUCGCCGUCGUCGGCUUCCCCUUUGGCGCCGCAAACACCCAAGCAAAGGUCGCAGAGACUCAGCAGGCCGUGCGUGACGGCGCAAACGAGAUUGACAUGGUCCAGAACAUCGGCCUGCUCAAGUCGGGCGAGUACCUCGCCGUCCUCUCCGACAUCCAGGCCGUCGUCGGUGCCGCAGCGCCCUCGGCCAUUGUCAAGGUCAUCAUCGAGACGUCGCUCCUGACGCGCGACGAAAUCAUCGCCUCGACCUACCUCACCUGCCUCGGCGGCGCCGCAUUCGUAAAGACGUCGACCGGAUACGGCGGCGGCGGCGCAAAGGAGGACGACGUCCGCCUCAUGCACGCCAUCGCCCACCUCGACGGCGCCCCCUGGAACGGCAACGUCAAGGUCAAGGCCAGCGGUGGUAUCCGCAGCCUCGACGUCGUACAGAGGAUGGUCCAGAACGGCGCAGAACGCGUCGGCGCCAGCGGUACAAAGGCCAUCCUCGACGAGGCCAUGGGCAACAAGCCAGAGGCGCCCAAGAGCGACUACUGA